UAUGUGCUGGACUGAGGAUGUCUGUGUUCUCCCGCUCUUCUUUGAAUGAGAGUGUUGGCUUGCCACGUCUGAGAAAACCCAUUUACGGGUUUUUGAGGUUUUGGUUUUUUCCGGGCCUGUCUGAUCAUCUGAAGACGGGUUUGGAGGAGGAGAAGCAUGGAUGACAGCUUGUAUGAUGAGUUUGGAAACUACAUUGGGCCGGAGUUGGACACAGACGAGGAGGACUCUGAGCAGGAGGAGGAAGAAGACGAGCAGAGAGGAUUAGAGAAUGGACAUGAUGAUGGUUAUUUGGAGAAUGGGAUUGACGACCGUGGGGACGAUGCCAUGGAUACCGAGGGGGCGGUGGUGCUGGCGGAAGACAAGAAGUAUUAUCCCACUGCCAUGGAAGUGUACGGCGAGGGGGUGGAGACGUUGGUUAUGGACGAGGACGCGCAACCUCUCGAAGAACCUAUCAUUAAACCUAUCAACCUGAAGAAGUUUGAGGUGGUAGCGAAGGAGGUGCAGACAUAUGUAUCGACGGAAUUUUUGAUAGGAUUGAUGGCAAACCCUACGUUGAUCAGGAAUGUGGCAUUGAUAGGGCAUUUGCAGCACGGGAAAACGUUGAUGAUGGACAUGUUGUUCCAACAAACCCACGCUGUGAACACAUUGGACCCUACUAGCGAAAAGCACUUGCGGUACACGGACACUAGGAUCGAUGAGCAAGAGCGUCAAAUAUCAAUCAAGACCGUUCCUAUGUCGCUUGUGUUGGAAGACAGUGCGGGAAAAUCAUACUUGGCCAAUAUAAUGGACACGCCGGGCCACGUGAACUUCUCAGAUGAAAUGACCGCUGCUCUUCGCCUCGCGGAUGGCGCAGUUCUUGUUGUUGAUGCAGUCGAAGGUGUUAUGGUUAAUACAGAAAGAUCAAUCAGGCAUGCUAUGCAAGAGGGACUUCCUGUUGUGGUUGUUAUUAAUAAGGUUGAUCGGUUGAUUACAGAGCUGAAGCUACCUCCCACAGAUGCAUAUCACAAGCUUCGUCAUACCCUUGAAGAGAUCAAUAACCUCAUAUCCCUAUAUUCAUCUGGUGUGGACGGGGUGCCAUUAAUUGAUCCAAUGAUUGGAAACGUGUGCUUUGCAAGUGCCACUGCUGGGUGGUCGUUUACGCUUUUGUCAUUUGCUAAACUCUACGUCAAGCUUCACGGGAUUCCUUUUGAUCCUGCUAAGUUUGCUUCAAAACUUUGGGGUGACACUUAUUACCAUCCGGAUACUCGUACAUUUAGGAAAAAACCCCCUCCUGGUGGAGGAGAGCGUGCAUUUGUGCAGUUCAUAUUGGAACCUCUGUACAAGAUCUAUAGCCAGGUGAUCGGGGAGCAUCGUAAGAGUGUGGAAAGGACUUUGGCAGAGCUGGGAGUUACCCUAAGUAAUGCGGCAUACAAGCUAAAUGUGAAACCACUUCUUAAGCUAGCAUGCAGUUCAGUUUUUGGAUCUGGGACAGGUUUUACUGACAUGCUGGUGAAGCACAUCCCUUCAGCUAAAGAUGCUGCGGUUACGAAAGUUGAGCACACCUAUAUUGGCCCUCAAGAUACUGAACUUGCACAAUCUAUGCGCGACUGCAACGCGGCGGGACCAUUGAUGGUCAACGUCACCAAGCUUUACCCGAAAGCUGACUGCAGCCUUUUUGAUUCAUUUGGGAGAAUAUUAAGUGGUACCAUCCGCACGGGGCAAUGUGUGAGGGUUCUAGGUGAAGGUUAUUCUCCAGAUGAUGAAGAAGAUAUGGCUGUUAAGGAAGUCACCAAACUUUGGGUUUAUCAAGCUCGCUACCGCAUUCCAGUGACGGAAGCUCCAGCGGGGUCCUGGGUUCUCAUUGAAGGAGUCGAUGCUUCAAUUAUCAAAACAGCAACUCUUUGCAAUGAAUUUCAUGAUGAGGAUGUAUAUAUUUUCCGUCCAUUACAGUUCAAUACUCUCUCAGUGGUGAAGACUGCGACUGAGCCUCUCAAUCCCAGUGAGCUUCCUAAAAUGGUGGAAGGACUCCGGAAGAUUAGCAAGAGUUACCCACUCGCUAUCACCAAGGUUGAGGAGUCGGGGGAGCAUACAAUAUUGGGCACUGGCGAAAUAUUCCUGGACUCUAUUAUGAAAGAUCUACGUGAAAUGUACUCAGAAGUAGAAGUCAAAGUGGCCGAUCCAGUCGUUACUUUUUGUGAGACUGUGGUGGAGACGUCCUCUUUGAAGUGUUUUGCUGAGACGCCAAAUAAGAAAAACAAAUUGACUAUGAUAGCUGAGCCGUUAGAGAAGGGGCUAGCAGAAGACAUCGAAAGUGGAGUAGUAUCAUUAGACUGGCCUCGAAAGCGUUUGGGUGAUUUUUUCCAAACAAAGUACGACUGGGAUCUUUUAGCAGCCCGGUCAAUUUGGGCCUUCGGUCCAGAUAAACAGGGACCAAACAUUUUGCUGGACGAUACAUUACCAAGUGAAGUGGACAAAGGCCUUCUGAAUUCUGUGAAAGAUUCUAUUGUCCAAGGGUUUCAAUGGGGAGCUCGUGAAGGACCUCUGUGUGAUGAACCAAUACGCAAUGUGAAGUUCAAAAUUCUAGAUGCCGCUAUAGCUCAAGAGCCACUACAUCGGGGCGGUGGCCAGAUAAUUCCAACCUCUCGACGUGUUGCAUACUCAGCUUUCCUUAUGGCGACUCCCCGGCUCAUGGAGCCUGUCUAUUUUGUGGAGAUUCAAACACCCGCAGAUUGCAUGUCAGCAAUCUACACUGUCCUUUCGAGGAGAAGAGGGCAUGUCACUGCAGAUGUACCGAAACCCGGCACUCCAGCAUAUAUCGUUAAGGCGUUUUUACCAGUAAUUGAAUCAUUUGGUUUCGAAACUGACCUUCGGUAUCAUACACAAGGACAAGCUUUCUGUGUAUCUGUUUUUGAUCAUUGGUCGAUUGUACCUGGUGAUCCUCUUGACAAGUCAGUUGUGCUGCGACCUCUGGAGCCAGCUCCAGUUCAACACCUGGCUCGUGAAUUUAUGGUCAAAACGAGGCGUAGAAAGGGAAUGAGUGAAGAUGUGAGCAUCAACAAGUUCUUCGACGAUCCUAUGCUUCUAGAGCUGGCACGACAAGAUGCAGACUUGCAGCAGAUCUUGUAGUUCUUAACAAUUAGUUGUUAGUAGAAUUUGUAGGAAGGACGGAACCCGGAGCUGGGGAGAGGCUGUCGUCCAUAUUCCCCCAUUGAAAGCUGAAGAGGCCGAGUGUUCAGGGUGUAUCGGUACCAUCUGCAGGGGAAAGUUGUACAACUGACACUAUUAUUAAACAAACAGAUUAGUCACCA